AAGAACCGGAUGUGACAAUGUUAGCUUAAAUGGCUAACGUUGCCCCGACAGAAGUAAACGUCUUGAACUUUGUGUUAAACUAGUAUAAUUGGUGUCUCGGGCUUUCUAUGUGACCGUUUUCAGCAGAGGAUAAUAUUUUUCCAGUUGAUUUGGAACAGUUGUGAUUAUUUGUUUGUUGCACAGAAUCCCUUUAUUAGCAAAGUGAAUGAGCUGUCAGCCACCUUGGGGCUAAAGCAGCUAACAGCAGAGACUUAAUGAGUGUUUUAGUCACUGAAGCUUUUAAAAGUUCAUGGACGAGUCCACACGCUGAGUUUGUGAGAUCCUGCGGGGAAGACCCCAUCCUCCGUGGACACCUCCUCUAACCUUGUUGUCUGGCUGAGGACCGAGAGACUGGGGACAGUUCCAGAGAGGACACAGAGCUGCUGACCAAGUUUUAGAAAACAGAAAGACAGAAGAUACAGGUUAUAUGCCUGAAACCUCAAUCUACUAGAACAGGAGAGGGUUGCAAGCAAAAAUUGUGGAAAGAAGAAUCCCAGGUUUACAGAGGAUGUCUGAGAUGAUGAAGGUUGAAGCAGAGGAGCCUGUAGGACUCAGUUUGGUGUCCUCCAUACCUGCAGCAUCUUCAUCAGACCUGGGGGAGAAACAAGACAGCAAAGAUCUCAUACAUCAGAUUUUGGUGGUUAAAGAAGAAGUUCCCCAUGAUUGGAGCUCCUGUUUGGACCAGCAGGACGCCGAACCCCUUCACAUAAAGGAAGAAGAGGAAGAACAGUGGAUCAGUCAGGAAGAAGAGCAGUUUGCUGUGAAAAGUGAGGAAGAAGAGAAACCUCGGUCAUCAGAUCUUAACCAAAUUAAAACUGAAUCCGACAGAGAGACUGAUGCGCUAACCAGCGGCUCUGCUGGACAGAUCAAAAUGGAUCCUGAUGGAGAGGACUGUGGAGGACCAGAACCAAACGAUAACUCAGAUCCUUCAUGUUCUUCUCAAGAAAGUGACAUAAUAGUUUACAAAACAUCUAAACUUCAUUCCAAACUCACAUCUCAGGUAGCAGCGCAUGUUGGAGAGAAGCCAUUUGGAUGCAAUAGUUGUGGAAAAAGGUUCAAAUUUGAGACCUCCGUUGAAGUACACAUGUUGACACAUAAUGGAAAGAGAGAACAUAGCUGUGACCUUUGCGGUAAAGUGUUUAAAAAAAAGAGUUCUCUUCAAACACACAUAAGAGUCCACACUGGAGAGAGACCAUUUGCCUGUGAUGAUUGUGGUAGAAGGUUUCAUAGAAAGGCGAUUCUCAAAAGUCAUUUGGAGGUCCAUUCAGGUGAGAAGUCUUUUUCUUGUGAUGUGUGUGGUUCAGGAUUUAAAAGAAAAGAAACACUUAAAAAACACAUGUGGACCCACUCCACAGAAAAGCCAUUUGUUUGUAGUGUUUGCAGUAAAGGAUUUUCUCGACAAAAUCAUCUCAAAAGUCACAUGUGUGUUCACACAGGAGAGAAACCGUUCAUUUGUAGUGUUUGUAGUACAGGAUUUGCUUUACAGCAGAGCCUAAAGACUCACAUGCUUGUUCACACUGGAGAGAAACCGUUUAUUUGCAGUUUUUGUAGCAAAGCAUUUUCUCUACCGAGUCAUUUAAAAAGUCACAUGCGUGUUCACACAGGGGAGAAGCCGUUUAUUUGUACUGUUUGCGGUAAAGGAUUUUCACUGCAAGAGAAUCUGAAGAGACACAUGCGCGUUCACACAGGAGAGAAACCGUUUAUUUGUAGUUUUUGUAGCAAAGGAUUUUCACAACAAAAUCAUCUAGAGAGUCACAUGCGUGUUCACACAGGGGAUAAACCGUUUGUUUGUGCUGUAUGCAGUCAAGGAUUUUCGCGACAAUCGUAUCUGAAAAAUCACAUGGAUGUUCACACAAUUAGUUAAACAAUUACAAAUCAAAUGCAAUUGAAGACUUUAUCUCAUUACUAUGCACCUAUUCAUGUUUAGUAUGGUUUGGACCUAAGAAUAAGCUUUAGACACUAAUUAAAGAAUUAGUGCAGUGGUUUUAUAAGAAAAAUUAAUCAGUUUAUGAUAGGAGCAUGGAAGUAGCUCAGAUCUUGGCUAAAGGCAAAGUUAUACUCGCCCACUGGGUUUUCGCCCAGGUCUGUGUGGACGGCACGCAUGCCCAUAGAAGUGCUGUAGCAAUUUAUACUUGACACGGACUUAGGUGUAGUAUUCUCCAAAGACACGGGGCAAUACUUAUCAUAACCAGAAAUGGCUUUCUGCUAAAAAGCAAAACAGCAUACUGCCGUCACGAUACCAGGUUACUUUUCCGAGACACAGCAGGUGGGAUUAAGGCGGUUUUGAUGCCGUUGUCUGGACUCGCAUAGGUUAGUGCAGACCUAGUGGUUAGAGUAGAGCGCUUCCGUCGAGAGAAGUCUGUAAGUUCCCCGGUUCGAAUCCCACAUACUGCCACUCUGGGUCCUUGAGCAAGAAUCCUUGGCCCCACAAUGCUCCCCGGGUACAGAAAAGCGACAGCCCACUGCUCCCUAAGGGGUGGGUUAAAUGCAGAAGAAGGAUUUCAGUGUAAUGUACAAAGUUGCAAUGACAAAGAUGAUUAUUAGGUAAGGUAGUGUGUGAACAAGCUGCCAUGGAGAGACAUGGUUGCCCUGUUAUAAUAGGAUUUAGUGACUGAAAAAAACCGUCACCCAUGUAACACUAGUAUCGUAAGGCUUUUUUUUUUUCUGCUAAUGCGCUCCAUGUAACUCACUGUUCUGUCAAAAUAAUCAGUAUCUUGGUAUAAUCAAUUCUAAAAAAAAUCUGAAUAAAAAUGGACAUAAACUGACCCAUUCAAAGUUGGCCAAUUUGUUGCACUUCUUCUGAGCUCGGCGCUGUAGUUACAUUCAGCCUUCCUGCAGCUGCUCCUCGCAAUGAUCUGUUUCUGAAAGUUUAAACUCUGAUAAUAUGUUGUGUAUUUUAUUUUAUUAAAGGGGCCAUGACAACACAUUUUAAUUUUUCUAAGGUUUUGGGGGGUAUAAUAUGAUCUGUUAUGAACUGAUGAGGCCAUGUAAAUGUCAAAACUGAAUACCAAAGGAACUGCUCAGGGAUGGUCAGCUUUGUUGCUUUGCUUAAAAACGAUCAGAUCAGAAAACAGGUUGUCUUUCUACGUAGGUAGUCUUUCUACAGAAUUCAUACUCCAGUCAGAGCACACCAUCAAAGCAAACGGUUUUCCCCCCUCCCCUCUCCUUCUCCCAUCCCUCUGUGCUGAUGCAUUGUCUGUAAGUCAUGCUAGCAUGUCUGACUGCUCCACUUUAGAGGAGGAAGGCGGAGGAGUGAGCAGACCGCAGCCCCAGAUUAGCCUCCUUGUAUCGGCUCGAAAUGGAGGCAGUCACCUCAGAAGCCACGUAGCACAAAUAUCCCAUAUUCAAUCUCAAACUAACUUCACAGCUGUUACUAAAAAGGGGAGCUGAUAUGUCUGAAAGUGUCCUAAAAUGCAUAAAGUUUCCGCUCACUCCCAAAAGACUAGAAAAUCACAGAGCCGUUUCUAAAGUUCAUUUAUGGGGAAAUUAUUUUACCUUUAAAGGACAUUAAAACUCUUAUUAUUGUUAUUUUUAUUAUUAUUGUACUUUCUACGAGUGCUGAAUUGUCCCGUACUAAUUGGUUUUGCCUUAAUUAAGAAAAUUGGUUCCUCAUAUUGUAAUUAUCAUAUAUAUCAUAUAAUUUGCCCUUAACCAUAACUCUUUAAAAGUUUAUCAAGAAAAAGAAACAAGUAAGCAAACUGUGAUUGUAAACAAUAGACAUUGCAUCUGUUUUAAUAUUGCCCUUAGUUGAAUUAACUGAUAUUAAGAUGUAAGGAAUAUAUACCAGAUAAUUCCUUCAUAAACCAGGUAAGAGGCACCACACUCACAAAACCAGAAGUCAGUGGCAAUAAAUGAUAUCUAAAGAUACGUGUCGAUGGUUGGUCUUUAGUUUCCUCUGGUAUCUAAGAAUGGAUGAGCUAACUUUCAUGCCAAAGAGAUCAAUGCUGACAUUCUUCUGUAAUGCUUCCUAAAGUUUGCUGAGCCUGUUAGUGGAUUUUAUUGUAAUAUUGUACUUUCUUUUUCCGAAUAUUUUACUAAAGUGGGAACAAAGAUUGGAUCAUAAAAAUGAAGUUGGGGGAAAUAGGGGAUACCAAAGAGUUUUUGUAAAGGAAAGUUUAUGUAAAGAAAAAUUGUGAAGGAAAAAAUCUAAACUAUCAUAAGAUCGCCCAAACAGGAUCAGACCCCCAAAGCGCUCAUGUUUUUACAGUAAUGUUUACAUAUGCUUAACAUUAAACAGCUGAGUGGGAA